UAUUCCAGACUCUCUCAGGUGCCCCCAGAAAAGUACACCUCCCCGUCUGCUUGUUGCGAUAGGGUCGUUUACUCUCAUCCGUCUACGUCCCCGCUAUCCAGUCAUGGCCAAUUAAUGCUGCGGAUGAAUUCAUAACCUACAAUCAAAGGGCACCCGCUCUGCCUGGCAGACGGUCCUGCUUGGAGCUGCUCACCGUUUACACUACCUCUCGCCUGAUUUUACGUGCUGCGCCUAUCAGCCAUUCGACCCCUCUCACCCCCAGGCAGUUUUGGGUAAUUCCUGUCGGCGUUGCCUGUUCAGCAUGGCGGGCAAUGGCACAGACGAUAUUCAGUACCUUGCUCCGCCGGCCGUGACUGCCUUGCGGCAGGAAGCCCGGAGUGUCGAUCCAAGAUUCUCUCCUUCUCGCUCCUCCAGCGUCGAUAACAUCCGAGAAGAGCGCGAAGAUCUGAAAGAGGCGGCGGAGCAGACCUUGAACGUCAUUGUCGAUCUUGACCUCGAUGGCCGCGUCAAAUGGGUCAGUCCGUCAUGGAAACAGGUCGUGGGGACAUCACCGGAGUCAAUAGAGGGGCAGAUGAUAUCGGAGAUCGUGGUUGGUAACAAAAACGUCUUUCACGAUGCGAUAGAGAGUAUGAAGGAGGAUGACUCCCGCAGUCGGUUCAUUCGCUUUGCUGUCCAGAUGGGCCCCGAGUCGGUCCUGAAGUACUCACCAGAGCCACGACCUGCUGCGGAGACAGAGGCGGAAACUACUGGGACGGCCGAGGUUGCGAAACAUCAGGAAGACUUGCCAGAAAAGGAGAAGGAGAACCGACAUCAUGACAUCCUACAUCUGGAAGGACAAGGGAUAAUGGUCUUUGACCGUACUGCCGAUGGCGUUGGACAUACCAUGUGGAUGUUGCGACCGUUUACCGAACCCCGCGAAGUCACCAUUGACCUCCCUCCCUUGCUGGUAGAAUCCUUGGGCGUCGGAGCGGAAGUGUUAGCAAACUACUUGACAACUUUGGCGGAAGCUGCUGCUAGUGAACCCGAUCCUUCGAAACAUCCAGCCCCGAACCCGGUGCUGUGUCGUAUCUGUGAACGGCAGAUCACGCCUUGGUGGUUCGAGAAACAUUCGGACCUCUGUCUCCAGGAACAUCGGGCCGAAAUGGACGUGCAGAUAGCUCAGGAAAACCUCAAUGAGCACCGUCACGCGAUCGUCAAGGUGCUGGAUGCUCUUGAGGCCAGGCAGAGCAGGCCCUUAGUUCUCGGGGAUACCAACCCUCCCCCAUCUCCCCAACCGGAGUACAAAGGACUACCCAUUGGACCAUCUCCAGCCGCCUCGGCACCAUCGUCCGGAUCCGUAUCCAGCUCUAAUUCGGCCCCCGGCACGCCGCCUAGAUCGAGAGACCAUUCGGCUUCGGGCAUCGGGCAUGCUCGCGCCCGAUCUUUCGCAGUGCGGCGUCCGUUGGCUCGUGUUGUUGAGUUGAUCCUCGAUCUCUGCGACACUGCCUCCGAAAUCAACAUGCCUGUGAUCAGAGAGACCCGUGCGGAAAGUGGAGAUGAUUUCCGGACUUUGUCACCACAGUCGGAAUCGCGUAUCUCUCAGGUCAUCCAGUGGCAGUCGCCCAGUUCUAAUACCCUGGAGCAGGAGCAAGGUAUCGCGGCCUUGUGUACAGACACCGAACAAGUUGCCAAGGCAAAAGUCGAUGCGGUUAUCCGCCAUAGAAGAAUCGUGGAGUAUGCGGAGCGGAUUCGCAUUGAAUACACGAUUCUGGUGGAGGAGUGUAUCACCGCAGCUCUCAGCAAGGCCGAGCGGAUUGCGGCCGGCCAACUCAGCGAUUCUACCGCAUCGGACGAUGAUGCUCUCCCAGAACCCGAGCCCCCUGUGGUAGCGAAUAGUCCGAUAAUACAUGGGAAGCGAGAAUCGGUGCCUCCGCCUCCAAUGUCCGCCCUCACCAUGUCCAUGCGCAAUUCGCCCGAUCGAUUCCAUUCAAAUCACUCCUCCGAGGGCAAGUCCUCAGUAGCCGUGUCCACUGGAUCGAACAGUCCUAUGGAGUGCCCUACACCUCGUUCACACAAAAGUAUUGCUGGGGUGCUAGGAACGUCACAGCCUUCCAGGCGUGGCAUCUCCAUGCUCGAUUUUGAUGCGGGCGACAACAGUGAUAGCAGCGCUCCUUCUUCUGCUUUCCCUGGCGCUGUGCGAACCGACUCGCCCUCAUCAGAUCGCAGUCUAGACAGAAAACGCAGGAGUCUGGUGCUUCCUGGGCUCUCUAGCUCACCUCGACGUCAACACUCUCCGGCUAGGAUAUCGGGCCCUCAUUCUCCGUUACGAAUGCCUCGGGCUCGCCUUUCGAGCGGCGCUGAUAGCUUACCCUCCCCCAUAGUUUCUCCCUCAUCCAAUGCGAUCGAACUGGCACAACUUCACUAUCCCCAUCAUCGGCGUCAAUCGUCUGCGACGUCUUCAGAUCUCGUCAAGCCGCCCGUUUCACCCCAUCUUUCCUCCGCCAGCCAGCCACAGCCGAGACCAGCGCCGCCAUCGAUCAAGGAUUUUGAGAUCAUCAAGCCCAUCAGUAAAGGUGCUUUUGGGAGUGUUUACUUGGCAAAGAAAAAGGUGACCAGCGAGUACUUUGCGAUCAAGGUGUUGAAGAAGGCGGAUAUGGUCGCAAAGAAUCAGGUUACCAAUGUCAAGGCGGAGCGUGCAAUCAUGAUGUGGCAGGGGGAAAGCGAUUUUGUUGCUAAGCUCUACUGGACCUUCUCCAGUAAGGACUACCUUUAUCUGGUAAUGGAAUAUCUUAACGGCGGAGACUGCGCUUCGCUCGUCAAGAUUCUGGGUGGCUUGCCCGAGGACUGGGCUAAGAAGUACAUCGCGGAAGUAGUCCUCGGGGUGGAACAUCUCCAUGGCAGGGGUAUCGUCCAUCGUGACCUCAAGCCAGACAACUUGCUUAUAGACCAGACCGGUCAUCUCAAACUGACCGAUUUCGGUUUGUCUCGAAUGGGCCUAGUCGGACGCCAAAAGCGCGUCUUGAAGAGUAUGAACGAACCAGCACCCGACCUUCUCAAACAAGGGUCCUUUCCUCGAGCAACGUCCAUCGCAUCGUCAAGGUCGGCAUCUUUCGAUUUCCAAGGCAGUGGGUCACCGGGGUCCACCCCAUUGAUUACACCCGACGUUGCUGGCAGCAUCCCCCAGCCUUCCUACUUCAAUCUCAACCAGAGCGGACUCAGUCGGCAGACUUCACGUCGAGCAUCUGGCUACCGUAGCGAUAGCGGGGCUAGUGAGAGUCUAAAUGCCAUGUUUCGCACUCUUGGUCUCCAUGAGGGUGGUGAAGCUUCGGGCACGAUGCCUGUGCCCGUCCCUUCCUCGGGCCAUCAUCUGCCUGAAGAAGAGAGCCAAAGUGAGGCAGGCGAGUCUCCUCAUCUGUACCCGCUCCAGCCAACCUUGAGCAACUCCUUCUCAUACAGUACUCCACCUCAGCAGUCCAUGAUGCCACCUCUAAUGGCACUGUUCGAUCCCGACGACCAUAACCGGCGCUUUGUUGGCACUCCGGACUAUCUGGCCCCGGAAACUAUCAACGGUGUGGGUCAGGAUGAGAUGAGUGACUGGUGGUCACUGGGCUGCAUCAUGUUUGAAUUCCUCUUUGGCUACCCACCUUUCAAUGCGGCAACCCCAGACGAGGUUUUUGAUAAUAUACUCCACCGACGAAUCAACUGGCCGGAUGAGCCCGAAGAACUGGCUUCACCUGAAGCCAUUGAUCUCAUGAACAAGCUCAUGGCUAUGCACCCGCGCGAACGGAUCGGUGCCAAUGUUGAUGAGAGAUAUCCUAAUGGCGGGGCAGAAAUUCGCAGCCACCCUUGGUUUUCGGAUGUGAACUGGGAUACCUUGCUGGAAGACAAGGCCCAGUUUGUGCCAAAUAUUGAGAAUCCGGAAGAUACCGAGUAUUUUGACGCUCGUGGCGCCACCCUGCAAGCCUUUACCGAAGAGCUUGAAGAUGCAAGCCCUCCUCCGCAACCGUUGACUGUCGGGGCGUACCCCCAAGAUCGUCCCCAUGAUGCUUUGUUCAAAGUUCGCUCUCAAGUGAAUUCAAUGAAGCGGCCACUGAUGCCCCUGCACAUCCCACCCCAUGUCCGGGAGUCACGUAGCAGGAGGCUGAGCGAACCGGCGAUGGCCGAUGAUUUUGGCAGUUUUUCAUUCAAGAAUCUCCCCAUGCUUGAGAAGGCCAACAAGGAUGUGAUCCAAAAACUACGUCAGGAAGCAAUGCAGGCGCAGCAACGCCAUGUCCCUCCGGGCUCUCAGCAACCAGGACACGCACAAGGACAGGAUCCAGCUCCCUCUCAGCCUGCCCCCUCUCUGGAAGGAAGCCCCUUACCGAUGUCCUUGCAACGGACUCUGUCUCAGACCAAAGGCAGCAACCGCCCAUCAUCCCCGUCCAGCAUGAGCCAGGCGAAUUCAUCUCCCAGUCGUCCCUCGCAACCUUCAUCCCCGCUCCUCGUUCAAUUCAGCACUGGUCAAAACCACGAGCGCAGAAAAACAUCGGGGUCGUCUUCCAACAACUCACAAUCUACAGGGAACACCCAGCCCACAAGUAUCGACACGGGCCGGAUGGCAAGUCUUAAGUUUGGCUCGGCUUCAUCGUCGCCAAUAAAGCCCACUCGGGCUACAGCACACAGUCCUGAUAAAACACCUUCUGGACCGCGCCACGGCAGUGCUCCUGCGUCGCGAGCAAGGUCACAGACCAUCGGUUCCCAGGAUGGAGAUCUCUCAUCAUCUUUAGCCAAGGAAUCAUACGUUGCAGGUCAUUACAAGCGUCGCAGCCAGUUGUUCGAUAUCUCUCCAUCAUCAUCCGACAAUGAAGAUCCACGCACUAAAGCCCUGCUUAAGGUGCAACGCCGCCGUCAGAGCUCAAGGCGUCUGUCUCAGAUCAACUUCCCUGAAGGUCCCUUUUUCCGGCCACUGGACGUACUAAUCUGCGAGGACCACCCGGUCUCUCGAAUCGUGAUGGAACGUCUCUUCGAGAAACUGCGGUGUCGUACUAUUACAGCGGUCAAUGGUACUGAGGCAAUGCGUUACGCGUUGAGUGAAGUUCAAUUCGACAUAAUCAUGACGGAGUUCAAACUACCCCAGGUAACUGGGGCCGAUGUUGCGCGUAUGGUGCGAGAAACGCGCAGUGCAAACCGACAUACCCCGAUCAUUGCGGUCACCGGCUAUCUCAAAGAUCUGCCCGAAACCCACCACUUCGAUGCUCUCAUUGAAAAGCCUCCAACUCUAACAAAGUUCACAGAAGCACUCUGUAAAUUUUGCCAGUGGAAGCCUCCCCCUAAGGACUAUAAUCCCUCUCAGCCAUUCCCCGUUCCGCCUACGAUACGCCAGGCUCCUGUGCAAGUUGAGCAUAGUCCCAGUUCAACCACAUCGUCCAGCUUCGCCCUUGUGCCUUCCAGCUCGUACAGAGGAUCUAGUCGAGAGGACUCUAUUGUCAGCAGUUACUUUGGCGAUAUGGAGUCGAUCAAACCCGAAGAAGGCCCCGUGAUUGUGAGCCAUCACAACGACGAGCCGGAACCGGAUAGAGGUGGCCUCGGCAUUUCCGAAGAUGCGACGCCAGCUCAAGAACCGGCAGAUGGCGGUUCGACAUUUGCCUCGGACGCGGUGCCUUUCCCGAGUCUGCUCCACGCCACUUCUGCGCCGGCGACUCUGCAUCAGCCUCUAACACCUCGUAAACAGCGGUCUAGUGAGGCAAUCCGGGCCAAGAGAGAAUCUCUAGAACGCAAACGCUACGAGUGUGCCGAGUCGGGCGAUGAUGAAGACGAAGAGCUCGGCAAUUCCCCGACGCGAACAAGCAGCCCACGGCAACGGUCUCGUCGUCCUGGCUCCAAGCUGGGCAUUGAGAUGAUGAGAACCAACAGUAGGGGCAGUGUGGUCAGUGGAAGCGAAGAGCUUCUCAAGCGAGAGAGGGAGUCGUUGGAGCGACGCAGCAGUGGAGGUUCCGACCGCGUCAGUGAUGGCGGGGAGGAGCGCCCUGGCUCUCGCUCUCCGCUGAGCCCAAGCCUGAGAAGUCGCUUUGGGGACCUUAACAUCCCCGAGGAGGCUAUAGCGGGGUCGGUGGAAGGAUACAGUCCCAAGCAUUCCCCCACCUUGGAGCUGGGCCUGAACUCAGACUUCCCAGCCAUCUUCUCGGAACGACCCAGUUCGCCGAACUUCACGGAGACUUCAGCUGCGCCGGGCAUGGAGGCGAGCACUCAAACACCGAAACUGGGGCAUAUUACACCCCCGAUCGUUUUCUCGAGAGAUGGGGAUGUUGAUCCUGCAGGCCAAGAUCCCGACUCGUGCAUUAAGAUGCCCGGGGAUGAUUUCAUUUCCGAAUUUGGGGCCGAAGCCGAUAUCGACCAGUACCUGGAUGCCGAUGCCACUCCUCGGCCGUUGCACACCCCAUCUCCCAAUCCUUACCUCGAUGCGUUCCCUAGUCCAUCAGAGAGAUAGAUUUGCUAUCUUGCGAUGAAAGAUAGACCUUGUUGCUGUCUUCCAGAACUGUGCGCUUUUGUUGGACACUUAUUUCGAAGUGAUCGCUCCUGUUUCAGAGAUUCACCAUAUAUCUCACAAGCAAUGCAUGGCCUUUUCUCCAUGCUUGUGAUCCUUGAUCCUUUCAGAAUUACAUUCACCACUUUGUUGUCUCAUAUUGAUUCAUUUUUCUUACGCGUGUCAAGGCUAGCGGGUGUUUGGGAGUGUUGUUAUCUCAACCAGGCUGUCUGAGUUCACUCUUUUGUUCUUUUCUGCUGGGCUGUUCUCCGCUUUAUCAUCCAGUUGCUUUCUGUCUCAUCAUCCAGGCGCAUAUCCAUUUCCUUUGUUCAACUUUCGAUUCUCCUUGGCCGCAAAAUUGUGUAUGUACCUAUACGUACCGGAUUUCAAAAAAAGAGUUUAGUUUUUCUCUUCA